AUGGAGAUCUCGGCGUUAGUCUACACCACAGAAAGGCUUCCAAAGAUCUUGCACCACGUCCUCGGCCGCCUCAGCGAUCAUUCUCACACUCAGACUGAAAAAGCACCGAAGGGCUCCGAGCGGUUGGAGAACGGCGGCGUAAUGCGAGGUCCCCGCCGUCCUUAUACCUUUGGCACCGCUCCGGCUCCCGUCAUUAAGGAUUUCGAGGGCUUCGGCGGCUGGAGUCGUUCGCCGUUUGCAUUGUUUUGA